AUGCCUACAAUCCCUCGCUGGGCUAUUGACCACGGGCUCACCUUUCAUGAGCACGUUCGCUACUACGCCACCAAGGCGUUUACCACCGUGCAGGCCAUGCGCAUGCUCGGCAACUCCACUAGAGGUCUUUCGCCUAAACAGCGCCGACUCUUGUAUCGGUCGUGUGUGGUUCCCAUUGCCACAUACGGCUAUCGUCUCUGGUAUUUCGAUGGCGCCCGCAACAAGGGUGCGAUGAACCAGUUGAAACGGAUGCAGCGAAAAGCUGCUCUAUGGAUCACGGGUGCUUUCCGCACCUCACCUACAGGCGGCCUUGAGGCUCUCGCGGGCCUCAUCCCCGUCCAUCUUAUGCUGAAGAAGUUGGCAACGCGUGCAGUGUAUCGUGUCGCCACCCUCUCGGACACCCACCCUCUUCGCUCUAUGAUGGGCGAGGGACUCCUUAAGCGAGCCGCACCACAUGCUCGCUCUGCCGCCUUGAUGACCCCAGCUGUGCGAGGGAAAGUCAAGAGCACUGUCAUGGAGCUCGCCCAGGCGAUCGGACCAGACCUUCAGCAUGCGUCGUACGAGCUCAUCGCGAAAGCGAGGGCCGACCCACUAACAGUACUGGCUGCAACUGAUGGCUCUGUCCCUCAGUCCAACCAGUAUCAGGCGGCUUCAGCUGCUAUAAUCUACAAGGGACAUCGCGAGCUCGAGAGGACUCGUUAUGUCUCUGGCAGAGUUACCGCCCCAGAUGCGGAACUUAAUGCCAUCUCGUGUGCAGUGCGCCUUGCCAUCAAGCAGGCAAACUGCCAACAUAUUAUGGUCUUUACUGACUCUAUGGCAGCCGAGCGGUCGACCCUUCUGUGCACUCUGGUCAGGCUUUUAGUCUUCACCGAGCUUAAAGUCAGGGUUGGACGUCGCAAGACGGACAACUCCAUAGACACGCUACGCUCUCGAGCAGCGCACUCAGUCCUGGAUUCGUGGAGCUCCACUUUCCAGGAUCCAACCUACCGAGGCUCUGAAUUCUUAGAGCUUCAACAGCCUGACAGGCGGCUGCUACAGCCAUCGUACCUCAAUGGGGGACCUUGGCUUUCAACAUUCGGACACAGUAUCACUGAGUUCGCCCGUUUGCGAGACACAGUCAAGGAUCUUCCUGGCGAUCUCGAGGUAUUGACCACCUCCAUUGCGAAGGCCACAGACUGGGUUCUGCAGGCCGUGCACCACAAUCCGCUCACCAUCGAUGGGGGCGAUGCCUUCUUGGCCCAGAUGACGUCCUUCGUGAACGCCGUCAUGGCCACCGACUUCAGUCGUAUUCGCGGACCAGGUGAACUCGACAACUUCUCGCUCGCCUCUCUCCUCGAGGCCGAGACAUCUUCUAAGGACGAGCUGACCAUCCACCCGGCUCCCGUUUUUAGGCCUCCUCCUCCUGCUGCCCGUGGGCCGCUCGACGAGGGUGUCGGUGACGUAGGGGCCCCGCCCAACGUCCUCAUGCAGGCACUGGACGACCUCGGUCGCCCGGCCUCCCCAUCUCGCAUCCCUGCUUCUAAGAAGCAUAAGGGUGUCAAUUGUCCGGUCCCACCUCCUCCUCAGAAGAAGAGCAAGCCUUGCCACGAUAUGGACAACCUAUGGGACGCCCUGCACGGCAUGUACAACUCGGCCUCUGGCCGCGAGUACGACGCCUCAGUAUUAGAUGAGCUUCCCGAUGAGCCGGUCCGCGAGUGGGCUGACUUCUCAGAGCAUGAGUUGCUGAGCACCCUUAAGGGGUGUUCCAACUCCUCUGCACCAGGACCGGACCAUGUUACAUGGGUCCACCUAAAGGAGUUGCUCAAGGAUAAACACGUCCUUGCGCUCUUCAUCGUGCUGGCCAAUGCCUGCCUUCGGGUGGGUCAUUGGCCGCGUAUAUUCAAGGAGUCGCUAUCGGUUAUUGUCCCGAAACCGAACAAGCCCUCCUAUGCCGUACCAAAGGCCUUCAGGCCGAUUGUACUCCUCAUCACUUUCGGUAAACUUAUCAAGAAGAUGAUUGCCAAUAGGAUACAGUUUGACGCUGUCAAGCAUGAUAUCUUCCAUCCUAACCAACUUGGCGGCAUCCGCCAGAGGUCCACUGAGGAUGCUGGAUUGAUUCUGACCCAUCUCGUUUCUUCCCUUCUAUCAACCAUGAGAUUUUACUGUUCGAACACCUUCCAAUCCGACUCGCGGUCUGCGGACGUGGGUGUCGGGCAGGGCUCAGCUCUCUCGCCUGUUAUUUCUGGGCUGUUCAUUGCUCUGGUAAUGAAGCUCUUCUAUAUCAAAGCGGCACCGCUCAACACAACGCUACUCUCCUUUGUGGACAAUGGGACCAUCUUGGCCCAAUCCAAACAACUCGAUGAUAAUAAUGUGGCCUGCACCAAGCUGUUCCACUUUUCGCGUCAACGAGAUGCCUACAAUCCCUCGCUGGAUUUGGGGUACACCCCACAUACCGGCGCUACACCUUUGAAGCCCAAGACCUAUUGGAGGUACUUGGGCUUCUACUUUGACCACGGGCUCACAUUUCAGGAGCACGUUCGCUACUACGCCACCAAGGCGUUUACCACCAUGCAGGCCAUGCGCAUGCUCGGCAACUCCACUAGAGGUCUUUCACCUAAACAGCGCCGACUCUUGUAUCAGUCGUGUGUGGUUCCCAUUGCCACAUACAGCUAUCGUCUCUGGUAUUUCGAUGGUGCUGGCAAUAAGGGCGCGAUGAACCAGUUGAAACGGAUGCAGCAGAAAGCUGCUCUAUGGAUCACGGGUGCUUUCCGCACCUCACCCUCGAGGCCUUAG